CACCUCUCCAUUGGGUUUUCUAUCUUUUCUCGUUAAAUUAAUUCUUCCACUUCAUUCACCGCCACUUCCCUUCCCCUAGUGGCAAGAAAAAGUUGGUUCAAUUUUUCUACCCCGUGUCUCUCCUUAAAUGACACGUAGAAAGUGGAUGUACCGUGUCUCUCUGUUUUUUCUGGAUUUCUUCAGCUGAGAUUUGAUUGUAGCGAUUGAAGUUGUUUGAUUCUCCAUUUUUGGUGGUUGCUGAGCUCCAAUGGCGCCCUGUACGCUAGCUUUUCCUGCUUCUAUCAGUCGAGUUGCAGUCAAAGAACAUGAAGGUUUGAGUGCUGUUUCUUCUCGAUUCUUAUGGGGAAUGGAUCUAGACUUUCGAUUUAAGAAGAGGGUCAAUCAGGUCAAGAAGAGGCCCGGCGGGAUCUGUGCAUCACUUUCAGAGACAGGGGAGUUUCCUUCACAAAGUCCACCGACUCCUCUUUUGGACACUAUAAACUAUCCAAUUCAUAUGAAAAAUCUAUCCAUUAAGGAGCUUUGUCAACUAGCUGAUGAAGUAAGAUCUGAUGUCAUCUUCAACGUGUCGAAAACUGGUGGUCACUUGGGUUCCAGUCUUGGCGUGGUGGAGCUCACGGUGGCUCUUCACUAUGUCUUCAAUACCCCACAGGACAGGAUUCUGUGGGACGUUGGCCAUCAGUCUUAUCCGCACAAAAUUCUAACUGGAAGGAGGGAUAAGAUGUCUACUAUUAGACAGACAAACGGGUUGUCGGGAUUCACAAAACGCUCGGAGAGCGAAUACGAUUGCUUCGGCACGGGUCACAGCUCUACCACCAUUUCAGCAGGCUUAGGAAUGGCUGUGGGAAGGGAUCUUAAGGGAAGAAAGAACAAUGUGGUUGCAGUCAUAGGUGAUGGUGCCAUGACUGCAGGGCAAGCUUAUGAAGCCAUGAACAAUGCGGGGUACCUCGACUCGGACAUGAUUGUUAUUCUUAACGACAACAAACAGGUCUCUUUACCAACUGCAACGCUCGAUGGGCCCGUACCGCCCGUGGGAGCUUUGAGCAGUGCUCUCAGCAGGCUGCAGUCAAACAGGUCACUCAGAGAACUGAGAGAGGUAGCCAAGGGUGUCACGAAACAAAUUGGUGGUCCUAUGCAUGAAUUGGCAGCAAAAGUUGAUGAAUAUGCUCGUGGGAUGAUCAGUGGUUUUGGAUCCACAUUAUUUGAGGAGCUCGGGCUUUAUUAUAGGCCUGUCGAUGGUCAUAACAUGGACGAUCUUGUUUCCAUUCUCGAGGAAGUCAAGAGUACGAAAACUACAGGUCCAGUCCUCAUCCAUGUCGUCACUGAGAAAGGACGAGGCUAUCCAUAUGCCGAAAAAGCUGCUGACAAGUACCACGGAGUCACAAAGUUUGAUCCUGCAACUGGAAAACAGCAGAAAACGAAGGCUGCAACGCAGUCGUAUACGACAUACUUCGCGGAGGCAUUGAUUGCAGAAGCGGAAGUGGAUAACGAUAUUAUUGCAAUCCAUGCUGCAAUGGGAGGAGGCACAGGCUUAAAUCUCUUCCAAAGACGUUUCCCGACGAGAUGCUUUGACGUCGGUAUAGCUGAACAGCAUGCUGUUACAUUUGCUGCUGGUCUAGCCUGUGAAGGCCUAAAACCGUUCUGUGCGAUCUACUCGUCGUUUAUGCAAAGGGCGUAUGACCAGGUAGUUCAUGAUGUCGAUUUGCAAAAGUUGCCUGUGAGAUUUGCAAUGGACAGGGCAGGCUUGGUUGGAGCUGAUGGACCAACCCAUUGUGGUUCUUUUGAUGUUACGUUCAUGGCAUGCCUGCCUAACAUGGUGGUGAUGGCCCCAUCCGACGAGGCCGAGCUCUUUAACAUGGUUGCUACAGCUGCAGCCAUAGAUGACCGACCGAGCUGUUUCCGGUAUCCACGAGGUAACGGUAUCGGUGUUGAGCUGCCACCAGGGAAUAAAGGCAUUCCCCUUGAGGUUGGAAAAGGCAGGAUUUUACUUGAAGGUGAAAGAGUGGCACUCUUGGGCUAUGGAACAGCAGUUCAAAACUGUUUGGCUGCUGCAUUGAUCGUCGAACGCCAUGGAUUACGAAUAACAGUUGCCGAUGGACGUUUCUGCAAGCCACUCGACCGAGCCCUUAUCCGAUCUCUAGCUAAAUCGCACGAGAUUUUGAUCACAGUGGAAGAAGGAUCGAUCGGGGGAUUCGGGUCUCGUGUCAUCCAGUUCCUGGCUCUAGAUGGCCUUCUUGAUGGCAACUUGAAGUGGAGACCGCUGGUUCUUCCGGACCGAUACGUCGAGCACGGUUCGCCAGCCGACCAACUGGCUGAAGCAGGUCUUACUCCAUCUCACAUUGCUGCUACAGUAUUCAAUAUGCUGGGACAAAUCAGGGAAGCUCUUGAAGUCAUGUCAUAGAAGAGAACUUUGUGAGUCUAAGCGUUACCCUUCUUUACAAAUUUCAAAUCUGCUGUAUAUUCAAAUACUUCUUGUACAAUACUAGAAGGCUCAUGCUUUUAUGCAAGAUUCCACCCUUUACCAUUCUUAGGAUUCGAUCCCGUUACUUUGUCGAUAUUUUCGGUAUUAAAAUUGAAAAAAUUAUAUGAAAAAUAUCAAAAUUUACGUUCA